GGGAGAAGCCCGGCCUGGAGCGCGGACCGGGCCUUCGCCGCCUCCCGGGGCCUCCAGCGGCCUUGCCCGCCCGCCCGCCCGCUCGCAUGGAGAGCCCCGCCGCCACCUUCAGCCUGGCCUACGUGGUGCUGGCCGUCUGCUUCGUCUUCCCGCCCAACGAGUUCCACCUGGCCGGGCUGACGGUGCAGAACCUGCUGGGCGGCUGGCUGGGCAGCGAGGACGCGGCCUUCGUCCAGUACCACCUCCGGCGCGGCGCCGCCACUCUCCUGGCCCACGCCCUGCUGCCCCUCGGUGCGUGAGCGGGAGGCAGGGAGAGGGGGCUGCGGGGGGAGGAGGGGAAGGGCGGGCCCCUCACCACUUGCCCUUCCGUUUACUUAUUUAUUUGGAUUAUUAUUAUUAUUUAUUUAUUUGGAUUAUUAUUAUUAUUUACUUAUUUGGAUUAUUAUUAAUAAUAAUAAUAAUUUUUAUGGAUCAUUACUAUUUAUUUCUCUUGAUUAUUAUUAUUAUUUAUUUCUCUGGAUUAUUAUUAUUAUUUAAUUUGGAUUAUUAUUAUUAUUAUCAUCAUCAUCAUCUUUCUAUACUGCCCCUUACGGUCCAGUGCCAGGGUAUAAGCCACACAAGCUAUAGCUUAGCACCCCACUCUCUUGGGGGCCCCUAAAAUUUUAUUAUUAUUAUUAAUUUUUAUGGAUUAUUAUUAUUUUUAUUUAUUUCUUUGGAUUAUUAUUAUUUAUUUCUUUGGAUUAUUAUUAUUAUGAUUAUUUAUUUCUUUGGAUUAUUAUUAUUAUUGUUAUCAUCAUCAUCAUCUUUCUAUUCUGCCCCUCACAGUCCAGUGCCAGUGUAUAAGCCACACAAGCUAUAGCUUAGAGCCCCACUCUCUUGGGGGCCCCUAAAAACGUUUAAAGGGAAAACAUUGUAUUUCACUAUUAAUAUAAAAAAAAUUCCUUCCAGUAGCACUUUAGAGACCAACUAAGUUUGUUAUUGGCAUGAGCUUUCGUGUGCAUGCACACUUCUUCAGAUGCCAGUGUGGUGCCUUCUAUAGUUCUAGUUACAGGUAGGUAGCCGUGUUGGUUUGCCAAUUUUAUUUUGUUUCGACUACGGCAGACCAACAUGGCUUGUUGUUGUUGUUUAGUUGUUAGUCGUGUCCGACUCUUCGUGACCCCAUGGACCAGAGCACUCCAGGCACUCCUGUCUUCCACUGCCUCCCGCAGUUUGGUCAGACUCAUGCUGGUAGCUUCGAGAACACUGUCCAACCAUCUCGUCCUCUGUCGUCCACUUCUCCUUGUGCCCUCCAUCUUUCCCAACAUCAGGGUCUUUUCCAGGGAGUCUUCUCUUCGCAUGAGGUGGCCAAAGUAUUGGAGCCUCAGCUUCAGGAUCUGUCCUUCCAAUGAGCACUCAGGGCUGAUUUCCUUCAGAAUGGAGAGGUCUGAUCUUCUUGCAGUCCAUGGGACUCUCAAGAGUCUCCUCCAGCACCAGAAUUCAAAAGCAUCAAUUCUUUGGCGAUCAGCCUUCUUUAUGGUCCUGCUCUCACUUCCAUACAUCACUACUGGGAAAACCAAAGCUUUAACUAUACGGACCUUUGUUGGCAAGGUGAUGUCUCUGCUUUUUAAGAUGCUGUCUAGGUUUGUCAUUGCUUUUCUCCCAAGAAGCAGGCGUCUUUUAAAUUCGUGACUGCUAUCACCAUCUGCAGUGAUCAUGGAGCCCAAGAAAGUAAAAUCUCUCACUGCCUCCAUUUCUUCCCCUUCUAUUUGCCAGGAGAUGAUGGGCCCAGUAGCCAUGAUCUUCGUUUUUUUGAUAUUGAGCUUCAAACCAUAUUUCGCGCUCUCCUCUUUCACCCUCAUUAAAAGGGUGAAACCAACACGGCUACCUACCUGUGGCUAGAACUAUUAAUAUACUUCUUCUUAAUUGUAUUUCAGUUCAACCAUUACUUUGAUAAAUUACAUAUUUUGUUAUGUGCAAAUGGCUUUAGAUACCUAUUCGGUCCAUAAAUUACCAUAUAGCAUAGGUUCAACACAAAAAACAGCGGCAAUUUGUUGUUGACAAAGGACAGCUGGACAUAUAAAGAGCCCCAUUACCUUCAGUAGCAUAGGGCCUCAUCAAACCUAAAUGCGGCCCUGCCCUCACCCCAGGAUCACAGGGUGGUUUGCAAUAUUAAAAGCGCAAAAAUGCAGGACAUUCUGUGAACGUCCCUGAGACCUCUGGGUAAAGGGCAGGGAUGUAAAUUAAAUAAAUGAAAUAAAAAUAGCAACAAACAAAAACAAUGCCCUCCACCAUUGGAAAGUCCAGUGAUGGCUGAAUCAAGCCAAAGUCCUGGGAAAGGAAUGUUUUUGCCUUCACGAAGGCAUUCCCCAUCUUUAGGAGUCUGGGGAGAGGGCCCCACGAACAUGUGCGCUGGGGAAAAGUUCCUAAGCAGUUGCUCCCUUUUUUCUGUUUCUCCUUCGCUGCUCUCUCUUCUCCUCUCUACACCUGUAUCCCUAUAAAAACUAAGCCUGCCAUGUAAGGUUUUGCUUUGCUCGUUUGCUUUGAGACGCAUGUAAAAGAGAUGGUUGGAAGGGAAGUUCAAGUAGGGUUCUCUCUUUCCCCUCCAUAGCUGUCAAACGUCCCUUAUUUGGCAGGACAGUCCCUUAUCCCAGCGCCAUGUCCCGCUGCUGUCCUUUAUUUAUGAUGUCCCUUAAAUAAGCUACUGAAGGUAAUGGGGCCCUUUCUAUGUCUAAAUGUCCUUGGUCAACAACAAAUUGUUGCUGUUUUUGUGUGUUGAAUAUAUGCUAUAUGGUAAUUUAUGGACCUAAAGCCAUUUGCUUGCAACAAAAUAUGUAUUUUAUCAAAGUAAUGGUUGAUCCCUUAUUUUGGCUGCUGAUCCCUUAUUUUCGAGGCUGCUGGUCCCUUAUUUUCAAAUCUCUAAGUUGACAGCUAUGUUCCCCUCCCUGACUACCCUAUCACAGUGUAGAUAAGGCACAGUUUUCCGGGGAUGAAAGUGCGGCAGGGGGAAGAGCGUUUACAAUGAGAGAAGGAUAUGUGGAAGUUCAGUGUCUGAAAUGUGAACUGUCAAGAUGUUAGGUUCUUGUUGGAAGCUUUAAGUAACACCUACAUGUAUGUCAAGGGACGCGGGUGGCGCUGUGGGUUAAACCACAGAGCCUAGGGCUUGCCAAUCAGAAGGUUGGCGGUUUGAGUCCCCGCGACGGGGUGAGCUCCCAUUGCUCGGUCCCUGCUCCUGCCAACCCAGCAGUUUGAAAACAUGUCAAAGUGCAAGUAGAUAAAUAGGUACCGCUCUGGUGGGAAGGUAAACAGCGUUUCCGUGCACUGCUCUGGUUCGCCAGAAGCGGCUUAGUCAUGCUGGCCACAUGACCUGGAAGCUGUACGCCAGCUCCCUCAGCCAAUAAAGCGAGAUGAGCACGCAACCCCAGAGUCGUCCGCAACUGGACCUAAUGGUCAGGGGUCCCUUUACCUUUACCUUUACAUGUAUGUCAGGUUAUUUUCUCUCUCUCCUAAAAGUACUUUUCUUCUCCCUUGCAGGUUACUAUGCUGGCAUGUGCUUUGCGGCACCCGAGAAACAACUUUGCAGUUUUUAUCAGGCUCCAGAAGGCUGGAGAGUCUUUUUAUUGUUGGCUCUUCUUGCCCCAACCAUUGCUGGUAUCCUGAUAUAUUACUGGUCACGAAAUGGCUGGAAUAACCACCCAUUAGUCAAGACGCUUUCCCUUUAUGCCCUCCCACAGUCAGGCUGGAGGGCAGUGGCUUCCUCUAUCAACAUCGAAUUCAGGAGGAUUGACAAGUUUGCUACGGGAGCCCCGGGAGCCCGAGUCAUUGUUACAGACACCUGGAUCAUGAAAGUGACCACAUACUGUCUACAUAUUGCGCAGCAGCGAGACAUCUUUCUGACUGUGGUGGACUCCAGACAGCAUGAACUCUUGCCAGACUCAAACAUGCCUGCACAGUUCCUCACAAUUCGUGUUGCCAGUAUUAAUCCUCAUGUGAAACCUUUUACUAUCCGGUAAAAUGGGCAUAUAUAUUUUUUAGUUUUGUCAAGGGGAAUGUGAUCUCAAUACAAUAUUCCACUAUCUCUUGGUUAGAGCUGUAUUAAGCAGAGGCUUGACAACCAUAUGUCAGGAGUGCUCUGAUGGUGUUUCUUGCUUGGCAGAGGGUUGGACUCGAUGGCCCUUGUGGUCUCUUCCAACUCUAUGAUUCUAUGAUUCUAUGUAUAUUUAAAGCAAGGUUGCCUAUAUGUGAUAAUUUGGUACAAUUUGUUUCAAUUAAAUAUAUUCAGAGCUCAGGAAAACUUGGGUAAACAUAAGAGUUGAAGAGGUUUUAAAGGUCUCUGUUGCCUGUUGCUCACAAGUUACUCAAGUGAGGGCAUUCCAGAGAAUGGGGGCUAUCGCCAAGAAGGCCUGUUUCCAUCAAGUGACAAUCUGUUGGCUGUGAAACAGCCAAUAGGAUCUCCUCUGAUCAUAAAGAUUGGCUUGGUUUGUACUUGUGGGAGGUGGGCUGCUAAGCAUCCUGGUCCCAAGUUGUUUUGGGCUUUAAAUAGCCACAAAACCUUGAACUUUACCAAUGCAGAUACUGUACUUUUAACACUAGUACAUUAUGUUAGACACCCGAGUGUUUGCCCGAGUGUUAGACACCUGAGUGUUUUCCCUAGCAUAGCUUGAACCACUUAAUGGCAGGAUAUCAGUGUUCAACCUAGUCAUUUUAAAAGUGCUUUUCAAAUCAAUGGAGGAGACUUUAACAAAACAUUUCCCUCCAGUUUGUGGAGGCACAAAUGAAUACAUAAAACGUUGUGAGUCAUAUGCAAACUCAUUUGAUGCUAGUGAGAGUUUUCGGUCAUCUAAGACAUUUAAAUAACCCACUGAAAAACAAAAGUUGAAAUUUGGUUGUGAUUUUUUUUAUAUAAUAUGCUGCAAAAUCAGUAUGGAUUAGUUUGUUCCUAGUCUGUAAUUAAAAUGAGAUAAAAGUAGCCUUGGUAUUUGAGACUGUGUCUCCUUUCUGUAAAGCUCACAUAUAAAAUACAAAGUACAAUUUCUUUUACACUUGCAAAUGGCUGAUAUGAAACUCUAUCUGUCUUAGGCUGAAUUCAACAGAAUAUGGUGAACUGAGAGAAAAGCUCCAUGCUCCCAUCCGUAAUGCUGCUAACGUGGUCAUACAUCAGAGCCUCAGUGACUUGUUUCUGGAAACCUUUACCUCUUUGGUAGAGACUAAUCAGGCAUACAGUGUUUCAAGCAAUCAGGUAGGUUCAAGAUUGGAGAUUAUAACUUAUUUUUUCAUGUUGCCUUUAUUUCACAGUUGGUGGAGUGUGGGCAAGUUGGUAGAUUAUGACUAAACCUAGAGUAUGUUGCCAAAUACCAGCUUCCCUGUUGAAUAUAAAUAGCCUCAGGUUAAUUGAUAAGAAUUAAUUGAUAAGAGUUAAUUGAUAAGAGGUUAAUUGAUAAGAGUUAAUUGAUAAGAAUAAUGAUCUGUUGUGAGCUUGACGGAAGUGUACAAAAGAUGAGCUUUCCUGCUUUGGCUCAUCUUCGUUUUUCUUUUUUCUUUUCUUUUAUCUUUCCCAUAGUUGCUUAUGUUCUGUGUCAUGUACUUUGAUAUUUUUUGUAGUUUUUGUAGUUUUCCCCCCCAUUACUAUUAAGGAAUUUUCCUUUGUAAUGUUGGUUGUCUAUAUUUAUAUGUACCUGUUUAUAUGUACCUGUUAAAAGCAAAAUAAAAGUUAUUAAAAAAAAAAUAGCCUCAGGUGACAAGAUCUGCUUCAUAUCUUCUGAAGUACCGUAUUUUUCGCUCUAUAGGACGCACCCAACCAUAGGACGCACCUUGUUUUAGAGGGGGAGAACAAGAAAAAAAAUUUCUCCCCCUCUCUGCUCAGCGCCCCUUCAGCGAAGCGGCAGGAGAAACGGAGCCCCUUCCAUUUCUCCUCCCGCUUCGCUGAAGGGGCGCUGCGCAGCCAUCUCUGCUGAAGCCGGGAGAGUCUUGCUCUCCCAACUUCAGCAAAAGGAACCUGAAGCCUUCGGAGCACAGCGCAAGUUCCCACUGCGCUCCAAAGGCUUCAGGCGGCUAUCCCUGAAGCCUGGAGAGUGAGAGCUCUCCCUCUGCGCUUUGGAGGCUUCGCGUUGCUAUCACUGAAGCCAAGGAGCCUGCAUUCGCUCCAUAGGACGCACACACAUUUCCCCUUAAUUUUUGGAGGGGAAAAAGUGCAUCCUAUAGAGCGAAAAAUAUGGUAUAUCUUAAGCAUGCACUUGGCCAUUUAAAAACCAAUAUUUUGCAUAUAGCAAGUUCAGCAAUGGGGACAAUAUCCAACUAAACUACACAGUUCCACUAAUACGAGCACUUCUUGCUGCACGGCAGAACAUUCCUCCCCUCUUCUCAAGUAUCCCCUAAAUUUGACUGGGGGAAGCUCAGAACCUAUUUGGUGAAUGUGCAAGGAAAGGAGAGGAAUUUCUGCUGCACAGCCAAAAGUGCAAGCAGAACUGUUCAGUUGAAUUCCAUCUACUAUAAGUUUUUAGUAUCCCUGUGUGAGUGACUGAAACAGGCUGUAGUGAAGUUGGGAACUUUUAGCAAGUUAAAACUUUGGCUCAUGCCAAAGGAGAGCAUUAUGGGAGAGCCAAACACUAUAGAAUUCUGGGAAAGUGUAUCUGGUUCUUUAAUUGCCGAAUUUUUGUCUUCAGAAGUGUAAAUUGGGUGUCUCCUUUCUCAGUAGGAAAGGGGGUUUCUAGUUGAUUUGUGCUUCUUGACACCUGGCUGUCCUGGUGGAUUCAGUGUGAAUGGGCUAUCUGGUUAAUUUACAACUCAAAGAAUCUGGUUGUCUGUGGGAAUGCUUUAAUCUUCAAGGCCCCUCUGAUAAACAGGAUUCAGCUGUCGAGUCUCCUAACAAAUCUGAGUUAUUGUUCUGCUAUCUAACCGUUGGCGAAUUGCUAAUUAAUCUAAUUAAUCUAAAAAACUGAUUGGCUUUUGAGGGGACUGUAGAAAAUUUCCUUCCACAAACUUCCAGUUUGUUUAUUUUUGGAUCCAAUCCUUUAUCUAGAUGUGUGUGCUUUGUUAUGGCUGGUUCUUUGGGCAUUGACAGUUCAGGGAGGUUCAGGGUUUUCAGUUGCAAAGCCCUGCUUGUCAGCAUUUAUUAAGGCAAACUGUAAAUCCAUGUCCAUUUGGAUGAAAUGUGUGUCUUUGGCGUUUUGGAAGCAGAAAGGAGACAGAAUAGUUCCUCCAAAGUUACCACAAGCAAAAAAACCCCAUGUAUUUCCCUUUAGCUUUUUAAAGAAAUGUUCUAGUACUGCUGGAAAGAUUGCUUCUGUCGACAGGUGUCUUUUGUACAGGUACUGUAAUGAGCUGGGAUUACAGGUAAGAUCUCUCCCUUACAGAAGGUGCUUCUAAUCUCAGCUCAUUACAUACAGUGAAGAUACCAGGUAGCCUUGUAUAGGGGAUCAAAUACUUAUUUUACUCAUUAUAAUGCACAUCAAUCUCUGACUUUUGUCUUCUGGGUUUCUGGGGGUUUUCCUGUUUUUGUUCUGUCUCUCACAGCUACAAUAAACCUACCAUUAAAAUUAUGGACUGCUCAUUUCUUCGUCAGAGGGCAAAUGGGCAAAUUUAGCAGGGGAUCAAAUACUUUUUCCCUUCAAAGUAGGCAUAGCUAGGCUUGUAAAAAUUAUGCAUCUUCUUAUCUGAGCCGAAUAAUGUUUACUCAAAUAUAAGUCUGAGCGGCUUCAUUGGGAUUUCCUUCCAAGGAAAUGUAUCUUGGAUUGCGGUUUUUAAGGCAUUAAAAAUAUUUUCAAAGUCAUUUUGAAAAACACUUGCUGGAAAUUCAGCUGAUGGGAAGAGUUCUUCUUCAGUGGGUGUCAAAAAGCUUUAAAACUUUUACUGAAAAUGUUCAGGGGGUGGGGAGCUUAUAGCUAAGUAGACAGAUCGGUAAGAAAGACUCACGUCUAAAUAGAAUAACAGCUUUUUCCAAGGAACAGCUAGCUAUGUUGUUUAGUCGUUUAGUCGUGUCCGACUCUUCGUGACCCCAUGGACCAGAGCACGCCAGGCACUCCUGUCUUCCACUGCCUCCCACAGUUUGGUCAGACUCAUGCUGGUAGCUUCGAGAACACUGUCCAACCAUCUCGUCCUCUGUCGUCCACUUCUCCUUGUGCCCUCCAUCUUUCCCAACAUCAGGGUCUUUUCCAGGGAGUCUUCCCUUCUCAUGAGGUGGCCAAAGUAUUGGAGCCUCAGCUUCACGAUCUGUCCUUCCAGUGAGCACUCAGGGCUGAUUUCCUUAAGAAUGGAUAGGUUUGAUCUUCUUGCAGUCCAUGGGACUCUCAAGAGUCUCCUCCAGCACCAUAAUUCAAAAGCAUCAAUUCUUUGGCGAUCAGCCUUCUUUAUGGUCCAGCUCUCACUUCCAUACGUCACUACUGGGAAAACCAUGGCUUUAACUAUACAGACCUUUGUUGGCAAGGUGAUGUCUCUGCUUUUUAAGAUGCUGUCUAGGUUUGUCAUUGCUUUUCUCCCAAGAAGCAGGCGUCUUUUAAUUUCGUGACUGCUAUCACCAUCUGCAGUGAUCACGGAGCCCAAGAAAGUAAAAUCUCUCACUGCCUCCAUUUCUUCCCCUUCUAUUUGCGAGGAGAUGAUGGGCCCAGUGGCCUUGAUCUUCAUUUUUUUGAUGUUGAGCUUCAGACCAUAUUUUGCGCUCUCCUCUUUCACCCUCAUUUAAAGGUUCUUUAAUUCCUCCUCGCUUUCUGCCAUCAAGGUUGUGUCAUCUGCAUAUCUGAAGUUGUUGAUAUUUCUUCCGGCAAUCUUAAUUCCGGUUUGGGAUUCAUCCAGCCCAGCCUUCCGCAUAAUGAAUUCUGCAUGUAAGUUAAAUAAGCAGGGAGACAAUAUACAGCCUUGUCGUACUCCUUUCCCAAUGCCUUGCCGUGGCGAAGGGGCUUGAAUAACUUGGAGAAGCUAUGAGCAGGGCCACCCAAGAUGGACAGGUCUUGGUGGAGAGUUUUGACCAAACGUGAUCCACCUGGAGCAGGAACUGGCAAGCCACUCCAGUAUCCCUGCCAAGAAAACUCCAUGGACAACAGCUAGCUAGAUGUGAUGAAUUUAAAAUUCACCAUGCGUUUACAUUUUCUCAUGAGUGGCAGAACCCGGGUGCAGAUGACUUUUACCCAGUAACAGCCUAAGGUGAGAACACCCCAAAAUCAUGCCACUAGGUGGUGAUUAAAUUUGUGGCAAUCAUUUGUGUUAACAUUGACCGAAAGAAUUAGUUGGUUACUUCAGACAGAUCAUUAGUUUCUUUCUCUCCCCCCCCUUUCUUUUUGUGUUCUUAUGACAUCCUGUCAAGUGUCAUGUACAUUGAUGGCACUAUAUAUUAAAUAAAACAUAAUAAUUAUAUUGUGACGUAUUUUUUCCUCUCUCUGUCUGCAGGAGCUAGACCCAUGCAUUGGGUGUAUGCAAACUACUGCAAAUGUCAAGCUUCUGAAGAAUUGUCAAGAGCUGAAUGAAGGCGAGUGCCAACAAUGCUACUGUCGUCCCAUGUGGUGCCUGACUUGCAUGGGCAAAUGGUUUGCCAGCCGGCAAGACCAGCAGCACCCAGAAACCUGGCUUUCAAGCCGCGUGCCUUGCCCAACCUGCAGAGCCAAAUUCUGCAUUUUAGAUGUUUGUGUUAUACGAUGAACAGGUCCCGGAACACUCCUUUAAUCUGAAUGUACUUCAAAGGUGGAUGAAUCCACCUGCUGUUUACCUUUUAUUAUUCUGUUCAUGGGGACUUUCUGUUUGUUGUCUUUCUGAUUAUUUUUCUAUUGGUUCAGUUUUUUAAUUGCUGCAACCAAACAACGGAAAACGAUUAUUUUCACCAGCUUUGGCUACUCCCUUUGGUUACAUUAAAUACUGAGUGAUAGUUUAGAAUCGCAUCAGACCUCUACUGAAGCAGAAUUAGGGAGCCCUGUGGCCUUCAAAGCUGUCCUUUCCACUAGUGUAACAGGGAAGAGGCAAUUUCCAUUGAUUACGCUGCCUCCUCCCAUCUGCUUUGGAGGAUUGGGAGAAACACAGAGGUGAGGGGGUGGGUUGCCAGAAAUAGUUUCCCCACAUAACCUAGCAGUGGAGGGAACAGUUCUGGCCACUAUCUUCAUGAGACCUGUUCAGGUUGAAAGACGUAGCACAAAAUGGGGUGAUCAUAAAUUUAACUAGUUUGAGCAAUACAGCCAAUCAGUUCCGCUCUUGGCUACAUAGCGUAUUAAAAGAAGAAGAGGGCGCUCAUCUGCUCAGUAGUGGUUGGGGGCUUGCCUAUUAAACAAUACAUAACCAGUCUCAUCUGGGCUGGUGAACUGAUCACAAUUGUAUUAUGUCUGAAAUCAGAAUAAAAGUCGCAGUAUAAAAGUACAUGUGUUAAGGUUUCAGGAAUCUAGUAUUAGACGGAUGCUUUCUCUCUUGAAACAAAAGUCUCAAAUACUUGCCCUGUUAUAGAACAUCUGAUUUUGCAAGAAUAAAUGUUCUAAGGGCUUUCCCCCUUUUAAAUUCAUUAAAUAAGAUGUAUAAGUACCAUAGUUGGCUGGGAUUCUGGGAAAUAUGGGACAAUUUCUGUUAGUCAUGGAAUAUGUAUCAGAAAAUCUUUAGGUCAGAACUUUUUAAUGCUUGUUGCUGCCCCAGCUUCUAAAGCUUGGGAUUCAGAUGAGACACCAAAUAGACCAAUUGUGCAUGAGAUACAAACUAUUGUAAAUAGAUUAGUAUCUUAAAAUGCAAUCAUAUUACUUUGUAAAUCAAUAUUAAUCUUUAUGGGAUCUCUGCACUUGCUUUUCCUUAAUCUUCAGAGGCCUCCCAUUAUUAAAUGAGAAGGAUGACACUUCACUUACCCUUAAUGUGUAUGAAAUUGAACUUCACUUAUUUAAAAUGCCUGCUGAUUGGAUUUCCCCUAUCCCCCCUCCGUAACUUGUUUUCACAUGUAUGAGAUAUGUUCUUAACCUUACUAACCUUGAGGCUAGUCUAGCUGACAUGCAGUUACUAUUCUUCCUACUACUAUGAUGUGGGAAAAUACAACAAGCCAUAGUAAGUCUGUUUACAUUCAAUUCCAGGAAACAAGAACACUUGACCACUGUCUUAUAAAUUGAAACAUAAUUCUGAUCUGUUGCUCUUAUUAAGGCAGUGCCUUGUGGUCUCAUUAUACAAGGGGCAGGUUUCCCUGAGCAUUUUGAACUCCAGUAGCACCCAGUUGGGACGUGGGUGGCUCUGUGGGUUAAACCACAGAGCCUAGGGCUUGCCAGUCAGAAGGUCAGCGGUUCGAAUCCCCGCGACGGGGUGAGCUCCCGUUGCUCGGUCCCUGCUCCUGCCAACCUAGCAGUUCGAAAGCACGUCAAAGUGCAAGUAGAAAAAUAGGUACCGCUCCAGCGGGAAGGUAAACGGCGUUUCCGUGCACUGCUCUGGUUCGCCAGAAGCGGCUUAGUCAUGCUGUCCACAUGACCCAGAAGCUGUACGCCGGCUCCCUCAGCCAAUAAAUUGAGAUGAGCCCCGCAACCCCCAGAGUCGUCCGCGACUGGACCUAACGGUCAGGGGUCCUUUUACCUUUACUAGCACCCAGUUGCCAUCUGGGUGUACACCAUUAGGCUGGAGCUGCUAUCUGCCUCUAAUGCAUUUGUACUAUUCCAGCAGGAGCAGAGGGACAAGUCCCUAUGGAUUACCCCUGUGUAUUGCCUCGGUAGACAAGGUCACAGUGGUUAUCAGGGUUGUGAAAACAUGGGUUGCAUCUGCAUUGCUAUUUUGUUGGUCUAUGCCCUGAAUAUUUCCUUUGAUAGAUGCCUCUGCCUAGGUGCCUUACAAGUACCUGUGCGUCUUGUAGAGCAACCCACUGGAGGGGAACCAGAAGCAGGCAUUGAUCUGCAGUUUCAACUCUUUUGUCUUCCACUCGCUUGGUAGUGAUUUAAAUUGGAGAAUUAUCCAGCUCUUGCUUGUGGGAUCACCCUGCGUUUUUGCCGGAGGGUUGUUCAAAAAUUGUUUUGUGUUCUGUUAUUUUGCCAUUGUACGCUAUUUCCCCAGCUACCCCCAUGGAAAUUGGGCAAAGACUCCGCACUGUGAAGAGACAUGCAAUUCUAGUUCUCAACUGUUAUGGGUAACUGCCAUGGGGCAACUGCCUCUUUCCUCAGUAUUGAUCCUUCACUCUGGCAAGUAACUCAGGUUGUGAUCUUUUAGUGGGUCUUUGAGGGUGCUCUGAAGGAGGAUCCACUCUGAAGGAUUGGCAGGGACACACUGUAAGCAUUUCUCCAACAUCUCUUUCUUGUAUGAAAUAAAAGAUCAUGUCCAGGGUCCUCUGUAAUACUACCUUCUUUGUCCAUCCCCACCCCCAGAUGUAUUGCAACCUUCCAUGUUUUUUCACUUCCUUAGUAUACAUAAACUCAUUUUUGUUGCUUCUGUA